CGUCGGGGUCUGGGAUGGUGUGGGCUCCUGACGGUGUGGAACGCACUGGGGAAAGGCUGACGGUGGCGCUGGCGGGCGGGGCGUGCUCGGCGCUAGGACCCAGGAGGACGCAAGGCGGCUCUUGGAGCCAGAUUGCAAAUUCGCCGUGACUCAGUCCGUGUACUGGAGCAGCAAGCCAAGAUGGAGUAUGAGUGGAAGCCUGACGAACAGGGGCUUCUACAGAUCCUGCAGCUGCUCAAGGAAUCGCAGUCUCCGGACACCACCACGCAGAGAGCCGUUCAACAAAAACUAGAACAACUCAAUCAGUAUCCAGAUUUCAACAACUACCUGAUUUUUGUUCUUACAAAGUUGAAGUCUGAAGAUGAGCCGACACGUUCCUUGAGUGGUCUCAUCUUGAAGAAUAAUGUAAAAGCACAUUUUCACAACUUUCCAAAUGGAGUAACUGACUUCAUUAAAAGCGAAUGUUUGAACAAUAUUGGUGAUUCCUCCCCCUUAAUUAGAGCUACUGUAGGCAUUCUGAUAACAACCAUUGCUUCAAAAGGGGAAUUGAAGAAUUGGCCUGACCUCUUACCAAAGCUUUGCAGCCUGUUGGAUUCUGAAGAUUACAAUACCUGUGAGGGUGCAUUUGGUGCUCUUCAGAAGAUAUGCGAAGAUUCUGCUGAAAUUUUAGAUAGUGAUGUAUUGGACCGACCACUCAAUAUUAUGAUACCUAAAUUCUUGCAGUUCUUCAAACACAGCAGUCCAAAAAUAAGGUCUCAUGCUGUUGCGUGUGUCAAUCAAUUUAUCAUCAGCAGAACUCAAGCUCUUAUGUUGCACAUAGAUUCUUUUAUUGAGAAUCUUUUUGCACUGGCUGGUGAUGAGGAGCCUGAAGUACGCAAAAAUGUUUGUCGUGCUCUGGUAAUGUUGCUAGAAGUUCGAAUGGAUCGCCUGCUUCCUCAUAUGAUUAGUAUAGUUGAGGGGGAUGUUGAAGAAGAUGAAGCUAUUCCAGAUAGUGAACAGGACAUAAGACCUCGUUUUCAUCGUUCACGGACGGUAGCUCAGCCACAUGAAGAAGAUCAUAUUGAAGAUGAUGAUGAUGAUGACGACAAUGAUCUUGAUGAUGAUGAUACUAUUUCUGACUGGAAUUUAAGGAAAUGUUCUGCUGCUGCUCUAGAUGUCCUGGCUAAUGUAUUUCGUGAUGAACUUCUGCCACACAUCUUGCCCCUUUUGAAGGAAUUGCUUUUCCAUCCUGAAUGGGUAGUUAAAGAAUCUGGUAUCCUUGUUCUUGGAGCAAUUGCUGAAGGCUGCAUGCAGGGUAUGAUUCCAUAUCUUCCUGAGUUGAUCCCUCACCUUAUUCAGUGCCUCUCUAAUAAAAAGGCUCUUGUGCGCUCCAUCACUUGCUGGACUCUUAGUCGCUAUGCACACUGGGUAGUUAGUCAACCCCCAGACACAUACUUGAAGCCAUUAAUGACCGAGUUGCUAAAGCGCAUUCUAGAUAGCAACAAGAGAGUACAAGAAGCUGCCUGCAGUGCCUUUGCUACUCUAGAAGAGGAGGCUUGUACAGAGCUUGUUCCUUAUCUUGCAUAUAUACUUGACACUUUGGUCUUCGCAUUUAGUAAAUACCAGCAUAAAAACCUGCUCAUUCUUUAUGAUGCUAUAGGAACUCUAGCAGAUUCUGUAGGACAUCAUCUAAAUAAACCUGAAUAUAUUCAGAUGCUAAUGCCUCCAUUAAUCCAGAAGUGGAACAUGUUGAAGGAUGAAGAUAAAGAUCUUUUCCCUUUAUUGGAGUGCCUGUCAUCAGUUGCUACUGCCUUGCAAUCUGGAUUUCUUCCAUACUGUGAGCCUGUGUACCAGCGUUGUGUAAAUCUGGUGCAGAAGACUCUUGCACAAGCCAUGUUGCACAAUGCUCAGCCAGACCAAUAUGAGGCUCCAGAUAAAGAUUUCAUGAUUGUAGCUCUUGAUUUACUCAGUGGUUUAGCUGAAGGACUUGGAGGCAACAUUGAACAACUAGUGGCUUGCAGCAAUAUCCUGACGCUAAUGUACCAAUGUAUGCAGGAUAAAAUGCCUGAGGUGCGGCAGAGUUCUUUUGCAUUGUUAGGUGAUCUGACAAAGGCGUGUUUUCAGCAUGUUAAGCCUUGCAUUGCUGAUUUCAUGCCCAUUUUGGGAACAAACCUAAACCCUGAAUUCAUUUCUGUGUGUAACAAUGCCACCUGGGCAAUUGGAGAAAUCUCCAUCCAAAUGGGUAUAGAGAUGCAGCAUUAUAUUCCAAUGGUGUUGCACCAGCUUGUAGAAAUAAUUAACAGACCCAACACACCAAAGACAUUGUUAGAGAACACAGCAAUAACAAUUGGUCGUCUUGGUUACGUUUGUCCUCAAGAGGUGGCCCCCAUGCUACAGCAGUUUAUAAGACCCUGGUGCACUUCUCUGCGAAACAUAAGAGACAAUGAGGAAAAGGAUUCAGCGUUCCGUGGGAUAUGUACCAUGAUCUCAGUCAACCCCAGUGGAGUAGUCCAAGACUUUAUUUUUUUUUGUGAUGCUGUUGCAUCGUGGAUUAACCCAAAAGAUGAUCUCCGAGACAUGUUCUGUAAGAUUCUUCAUGGAUUUAAAAAUCAAGUUGGGGAUGAGAAUUGGAGGCGUUUCUCUGACCAGUUUCCUCUUCCCUUAAAAGAGCGCCUUGCAGCUUACUAUGGAGUUUAACCUUAUGCACUGUGGCUGCAGUCCCACAAUUAGAGGUCCUUCAGUCUGGGAGACUAUGAGGGAGACUCUGCACCCAGGGAAAAUGUUACCCUUUACUGGGGGGAAGGGUAAACCAGUAGGGAAUACAGUACAGUCCCAACCCUACUGGGAGGGGUGGGAGGGAGGUGUUGCUGUCACUGUAUUAAGUCGAUGUUGGGAAAUGUUUUAACAUCUGGAGCCUUUGUCGGUGGAAAUAGUCUCCUAUUACAACUCUGCACUGGAUGUGAAGAAGAAAAAAAGUCUAUUAACAAAACAGCACAUUCUGGAUUAUUGUGGGGAAUUGUACCGAAAUAAGAACCAUAUAAUUCAACCAUAGGGAUACAUAAAGAGAAAAACUAUUUUACGCACAAUAAAGGAAACCUACAAAUUGAGGUCACAGACAGUAAAAGGCUUUCUUUUUUCAAUGUUUUUUUUUAAGUAAGGAUUUUCUACAUUAUUUCAUCCUGCUUAAUGGGACUCCUAGAUAAUUUGCAUGUUAAUGAAUAACUCAAAUUAAAUUAGUACAGUUAAAAUGCAGCUUGUGUCAGUAUUAGGAGCAGGCACUUGCAGUGUACAAUAUAGAAACCCUGUCGAAAAUUAAUAGAGGUUAAGCUGGACAAAAUGAAGUAACCUGCAAGCUGCAAAUGAGUCACUCACUCCUUUCAUUUUUGGGGUAAGGGGAGGGACAAAUCAAAGGAAAGAGUCACAUCUUAAUUUUUGCAUUUAAAAAAAUUAAAGUAGCAUCAUUUGGUUAUUGUAAUUAAUUAGCUUUAAUUUCUAGAGUAAGGCAUUAUUCUUAACAUGCAGUGUAAGGUUCAGGCAUGCAUUCUGGCUCAUAGUGAUCAGAGGUAAUUUAAAUUAGUGGGAAAGUAGCAUGCUUGCAUCACAUAGAAUGAAAUUGGUAUACAUUUACCUCUACGUGGCAUCAGUCUUAUGUUGCAGUUUACCAAUUCAAUAUAGCCCUGCAGUUAAAAUUAUUUUUCUGAGAUUCUGUGGAUCUUAUUUUUAUUAAGAAUAUAGUUAUAAAGUACUGUAGUUAACAAUUAGGCCUUAAAAUACCUUUUUAGGAUCUGUUAAGAUUAAGAUUCAUAUCGUAUUGUGUGUAACCUGCACAAUGUGGAAAGCUGAUAUAACUGUGCAAAAUAUUUGCCUCUGUGCUGUCAGUGUGAUGUGCUUUCUGCAUGGUUAUAUGCUAGUGAUUUUUAGCAGAAUCUCUAAAAAUUAUUUACAUGGUAAGACCUGUUAAAGGCUGCAUAAAUGUUAAUUCGCACAUAAAGACAAUUGUAGAAGUUGAUGACAGUUGCUAUAUUUGUGUUUAUUCCCACUCAAUGUAUUACCUUUUAUGCUUAAUUUUUGUUCACAGCAUGAUCUUAGAGAUGUUUAAGUUAGUGGAUGUAAUACAGGGUAUCUAUAAUGUAUUGGCAUGUGUUGGUGGCCCUUUGUGAUAUAAUUAAAUGCACAAGGGUGCAAGUUUAAAGCUAAAGAGUGAAAGUUGGUUUGGAUCCUCUUCAUUUCAUUUGUUUAGCUUUUCUGUUGAUUUUUUUCUUUUUUUCCUCUACUUACAUGUAUUCCUGUGAAUAAAUCUUUGUUAAAGUAAUCCUUUA